CUCAUUCCACACUCACCGAUGGUCUCGCCACCAAAACCCUGGGAGCGCAGCGGAGCCGCUGUGCUUUCAACGUCAUCUCCGGCCGCUACCCCUCCCUCAGUGCCGACAGCGACCGCAGCUCACACCGCCUCAUCACCUCCUUCACUUCCGGAGAGACCAGCAGCUUUCAACGCCCCAACAAGUUCUCUAUCGAGUGCACUCAGUCCUUAUGGUGCUUCUCCAUAUUCACGUUUUGGCACCGGCUAUGGAGGUGCAUUUGGGUCAUACGGGGGUUAUGGAGCCGGCGGAUAUGGUGGCCUGGGUGGAUAUGGCAUGAGCCCUUAUUCAUCAAUGGGUAUGGGUAUGGGCAUGGGCAUGUCGCCAUAUGGGUCUAUGGGAUAUGGAAUGGGUGGGCCCAUGAAUCCUAUGGGAAUGCAACUCGACGCCAACGGAAUGCCUAUCCCUUCUCUCACUCAGACACUCGAAUCUACCACCCAACACACUUUCACUCUUCUGCAUUCCAUUGUUCAAACCUUCUCUGGCGUCGCACAGAUGCUUGAGAGCACCUUCAUGGCCACUCAUUCAUCUUUCUUCGCUAUGGUCGGUGUUAUCGACCAGUUUGGUCAUCUUCGCAACGCUCUUGGCAGUGUAUUGGGCUUAUUCGGUCUAAUGCGUUGGAUGCGUGAGCUCAUCACCGGAGCUCCCGUCCCUCGAAUGCAAUCCGAAUUCCGCGAAUUCGUCAAUGGACGACCUGUACAAGGGCCACAGCCUGCUCCGGGUAAUAAUGCCCCAAAAGCCAGCAAAAAGCCGCUCAUCAUCUUCCUCCUCGCUAUCUUCGGCAUUCCCUACGCCAUGACAAAGCUCAUCCAUAUUCUGAACGAGCGCGCCAAGAACAGCCCAACCUCACUACCUGGUCAGCCACUCCCCCCACUUGACCCCGCAAGCCUCACUUUCGCUCGUGCUGUCUAUCCAUUCACCGCAUCUACUGCCUCCGAACUUUCUCUUAAAGAGAAUGAGAUCGUUGCCAUCAUGGGCAAAUUUGACCCACGGACAGGUGGUGAGGUUGAUCCUCGAGUUCAGCUCGAAAACGACGAAUGGUGGAAAGGUCGGACACGGGACGGCCGUGAAGGAUGGUUUCCGCGGAAGUGGGUACAGAUUCUGGAAAAGAAAGCCAUCGAAAAGAAGGUUGACUAA